GAAAAUGGCUCCCUCCUUCCUAUGGGCUAGAGUGAGAAAGGGAGAGAAAAAAGGUGAGAUUAUAGAGCUUCUUGAUAAAGAAUUAUGUUCAUGCAUCAUGUAUUAUAUAUAUGAUGCAAAAAUCACAGCUACACCCUUCCUGUAUUUGCACUGAACCUGCCAUGUAUGUUACUGUUUAACAUCUCACAUGCAAUAAGUCAGACUCAAGAGCUUUUAGUUAAGCACCUGACUUUGCUCUGGCCUCUGCUCUCUGACUGAUGGGGAAUUCCUCCACCCUGAAUCUGAGCUGCCUGUGACCUCAGCUUUGUGCACUUCAAACAGGAAUUCCACACAUGUUUGCCUGAAGAAGUAAUGUUUUAGCUGGGUGUGGAUUGGCUGGUGGGUUUCCCGAAUCCGUCAACCCAAAGCAUCACUAAAUCCUCACAUCUGAUACUCUCAUAGUGAUUUCUGCACUGAGCUUGCACGGUCUAUUCACCACCCACUCACAGAGAAAAUGGGGUUCCAGAUGGCCCGUCUACCAUGAUCUUGAUUUAUGUUGAUUCAUGGUGAGAUUAUUAUCACCUAUUCAGAUAAUCUGGAUGCUAAAUUUAAGGGACUGGAUCAGCAAGGUCAAUUCUUUUUUUUUUUUUUUUUUUUAUACACAGAAAACAUUUCCUGGUAUUUACAUCUAAAUGUGUUAAACAUGCAUUUUUAAAGUAAUCAAAAAUACUGGAACAUGCGACUGACGGGUGUUUCUUGUUGCCCAGGUGUGCCCUGUUUAGAUUGAUUGUUUAAACAGUUAAUAGCUAUGAAUGUCUACUCUUGAUUUGAGACCCGGGGUUUCACCUGUGAAGACUGCAUUUGUUGUUAAAAAGGAUAAACCAACAUGAAGACAAGAGAGCUGUCAAUGGGAGAAGAGCAAGCCAUUUUGAAGUUCAAAAAAGAGGGAAAAUCUAUCAGAGCCAUUGCACAGGCAUUGGACAUAACAAUAUGGCCAUUUGGAAUGUUCUGAAAAAGAAAGAAACCACUGGUGUACUAACACUAACAACCAGACAUCAAACAGGCCAGCCAAGGAAAACAACGGCAGUUGAUGACAGAAACAUUGUGAGAGCCGUGAAGAAAAACCCCAAAUCGACAGUCAGUGACAGCACCGACAUCACCAACAUCCUCCACAGGGCAGGGUUGAAGGUAUCACAAUCCACCGUUUGAAGAAGACUUCAAGAGCAGAAAUAUACUGAAGAUGCUAUACCACAAGAUGCAAACCAUCAGCAGCAAGAAUCGGAAAGCCAGAUUGGAAUUCACAAAGAAAUACAGAGAUGAGCCACAAAAGAUCUGGAACCAAAAUUAACUUCUACCAACAUGAUGUAAAGGCUGAAAUGUGAAGAUAGAACGGAUCUGCUCAUGAUCCAAAACAUACAAGCUCAUCAGACAAGCACGGUAGAGGUUCUGUCGUGGCUUGGGCUUGCAUGGCUGCUUCUGGAACAGACUCCCUAAUCUUUAUUGAUGAUGUAACUCAUGAUGGUAGCAGCAGAAUGAAUUCAGAAGUCUGUAGAAACAUGCUGACUGACAAUUUACAGAGAAAUGUAUCCAAUCUAAUUGGGAGGAACUUACUCAUACAGCAAGACAAUGACCCCAAACACAAUGCCAACACAACAAAGGAAUUAUUCAGAGGAAAAAGUCAAAGGUUUUAGACUGGCCAAAUCAAUCAUCAGACCUUAACGUAAAUUGAGCAGCAUUUCACCUCCUGAAGGCGAGACUGAAGGGAGAAACCCCCCAAAACAAGCAACUGAAAGAAGCUGCAGUACAAGUCUGGAAAAGCAUAAUAAACACGUAAGAAUAGCACAAAAGAAGAAUGCAACAGUUUGGUGAUGUCAGUGGGUUGCUGGCUUGAUGUAGUUAUGACAAGCAAGGGAUAUGCAAUCAAAUAUUAAGUGUCAUUUACUUUAAAACGAUCUGUUCCAAUAGUUUUACUCACCCAGAAGUAAAUAUCAGGAAAUUAAAGCUAAAAUUCUGAUCUAUCGUUUCAUAUUCAUCUUUUAAUCUCAAACCCAAAUGUCUUCAGUGUAUAGCAAAAACAAAAUAAUUGGCCUUACUGUUUCAAUGCUUUCAGAGGGCACUGUAUAUUAUAGCUAAUAAGAGCAUGGUCUAACUGGCAGGAUACGCGUUUAUUUUGAAAAGAGGACGGUGAAGUGCUCAUAAACAAUUAGGCCCUGGGUCUUGGGGAGACACAGGAUGUUGUGACUAAAAGUUUGCUGUAGGCUUUUACAGGAUUCAGCAAAAUGGUAGGCAGUGAAGUGGAAUAAGGGGCAGAUAUAAGAUAUAAAAUGAAAAAAUUAUGAGCUGAUGAGAAGAGGAGCAGCCUUCCACCUCAAAAAUAUCGACUAAACUAAAUGGAAACAGUUUUUCUUACAGACGUAAUAAUACCACGCCCCACCAACUCUGUCUCCUGACUCUCUGACAGUCUAUCAAGGAAAUACGCUGGGAGGUAUGAAAAAAGAAGUGUCAGAGUGACAAUGCAUUUGCACACUGAUUAAGAUGAUAGAGCAAGCCAUUACUUCCUCCCUCUCAAACUCAGUAUCCCUGCUGCUUCAAGCACAGCCAGAGUUCAGGACUAAGAGCUGAGGACCAGUCCAAGUAAUCCACCAAAGCAACAUGAUCAGUCCUGCUUAUGCAAUUGGAUAUGAGUGUUUGCACACUCAGCCACACAGUGCUGUGUACUGAACUCCAUAGAAACCCCAUUUUGAGCCUACUCCCCUCAUUUUUGUUGAAAUAAUCAAGCCCCCCAUUCUCAUUACCAUGGGAACACAGUCUGAGAAGUAAGUAGAUCAAGAGUCAGACAUAAAUAAGAAGCAAAAGCCAGGCUUUGGGAAAGAGGAAAAGGACAAGUGGGAAAGAGACCAAACAAACACCCAAAACAUGGAAAAUCCCCAGUUCUGGUGCCAAGAAUCCAGCACAGUGAAAAUACAAGUCAACUGGGCCCUAAAACUGUUUGGGAAGAGGGGGUAGCUGAUAGAAUAAUUAGCACUGGUAACAGACAUAUUACGUAUAUGGUCUCUGAACAGCUGUCAUCAAUUCUCUGAUCCUCCUCAGAAGUAACUUUUGACCUUAUGGAGACUCAGUAUUUGAUUAGUCAUCUGAUCUUACUUUGAACUCUCUUUGACCAGUUUAAGUUCUUUGUUUGUUCAUUCACAUCCUUCUUGUGCAGUCUGGUUUUAGAAUCAUGGUUGUAUUCUUUUAUAAUCUCUUGUGAUCAUACUAGCAUUGAGAUAUCUCAAAAAAUCCUCUCAGUGAUUACAAAUGUAUGCGAUUUUUGACAGUAUUGGUAGGUUUAAUUUUGUGACCUAUUUAGAAUCAUAUUGUGUACUCUAUAUUCAAUAAUCUCUGCUGUGUGGAAGUCACACUCCCUGUCCUAUUUGAUGCCAAAGACCAACCCUUCUGCUAUCUUUAGGAAGGCUCUAUUUUGAGUAACAGCAAAGCAGGGCAGAGUGACUGACGCUACAGUGCUACUCAAACACUUACGUUUGUGUCAACUCUGGACUAAAACGCUAAUGUGGUUGUACUCACUUUAAAGCCUGUGGAGUGGAUGAAAUACUACUUAAAGAGAGGCAAGUUGGAGGAGUUAUGGAGCCUCCCAGCAGCUCAGGGCUGGACACUGUUAUUGUGCACCAGUCUGAAGAUUGUGACCUGGCAGAGGGACAGGGGCUGACACAUGUUCUCAGAGUGCAAGUGGACGGAUGUGUUUUCAUUGUGGACAGGGCAUUGCUAGCCCUGAAUUCAGAGUACUUUCGUGCUCUUUUUCGUUCUGGGAUGAGGGAAAGCAAUCAAAAUGAACUCUAUCUGCAGGGAGGCCUGAAGGCAAAAGGUUUCCUUUUAGCUCUGGCUGUUGCAAGGGGUGAGCAGCCAAGCAUCAGGGACCCUGAUGAGAUUGUAGAGGCUGUGGAGUGUGCUGCCUUCCUUCAAGUAGACACCUUGAUGCAGUAUCUUAUAGACAUCAUAGAUACAGACAACUGCUUCCUCCUGUACCAUACAGCAGCCAUGUUUGGCCUGUUGAGACUGUUUCACAGUGCAGCAGUAUUUAUCCGUGAUUCCUAUCGGGAUCUGACUGAAGCAGCACUGGUUCUGCCAGAGGAGAUGAUUAACUAUGUGGAGUCUCUCACACCUGCUUCUUUCAUUGCUAUGGGAACACAUUCACCCUCGAUGAAAAUCCUGCAGGAUUCCUCCAGGACCGUGUGGUACCUGAAAGAGGAGCAAGGAGUGUGGAAUUACCUGACUGACCUUCCCACAGAGGCCAGCACCUCCAUGGCAGGGAUAGCUGUGGUGGAGAACCGUCUGUAUGUGGUGGGAGGUGUGACAGGGGUGAGCAUGGAAACGGUGGACUUCAGUUACUGCUACGACACAGAGAGCAACUCCUGGAGUAUGUUUGAUGGACCUCAGCAGCCUAGAUACAACUUCACACUUGUGAGUCAUGAAGGCCACUUGUAUGCCUUUGGUGGCGAAUACGAUAAGAGAAUAAUGUCUUCUGCAGAGCUGUGUGAUGUUUCCACACGUAAGUGGACUUUUGUGAAAAAUGCCCCAUGUCCUGUGGCAGGAGCAGCAAGCACUGUGGCCCGAAGGAGGAUCUUUGUGUGUUUCUGGAAGCCACCUAAUACAACAGAUAUCUAUGAAUAUAUACCACUCAAGGAUGAGUGGACCCUGACUACAACUAUGAUACAUUAUCAGAGUUAUGGCCACUGCAUGGUGGCGCAUGGUGACAAACUCUAUGUGAUGAGGAAUGGUCUUUGUGAUGACUUCUUACGCUGCCUAAUGGACUGCUACAACAUUACCACAGGCCAGUGGACCGCCAUGCCAGGGCAUUAUAUCAACAGUCGUGGAGCCCUGUUUACAGCUAUGGUGAGAGGGGACUCAGUGUUCACAGUGAACCGCAAUCUGACACUGGAGUACCUGAUUUGUGGUGAUCACUGGAAACCACACAGACAGAUGAAAGGUUUUCCAAAGAAUGGAUCACUCUGGACAUGCAUGCUCAGACUUCCCAGGACCGAAAAUAAAGAGGAAGUAAAUACUACAAAUGAGCCACUGGAGACUGCUACUGUUGAUCAAAACAAGGGCGACAAUGUGUAGGUUAAUUUACCACAAUGUAAGAUUUUCAUAUUUGUAAGCAAAAUAUUGUAUUUUAAUAAUUGUAUUAUACAUUGGGAAUACUGUGGUUAGAGAGUGCCACCACUUAUUCAGAUAUCCAGCUACUUUGGAUAUA